UAUAUAUACAGUGGCAGUGGUGAUCGCGAACUCUUCCUCAAGCCAAGCCAACGCAUAGUCGCCAAAGAUCUGUCUUUAGCACUAUGGGGUUUUGGACAUUCUCUGAGCGAACCGGCACGUGACGUCAAUGGUGAUGGCUACCCCGACCUGGCCGUGGGUAGUUUUAUGUCCAGUCACGCAGUCCUCCUGCCCAGCAGGCCCAUAAUUAAGGUGACCGUCAACCUGCGACGCCUAGCAAAUUCCAGCCUUUCAUUUAACUCGACGCACUUGGCAUUCGAGGCUUGUGCCAAAUAUAAUGGUGCCUAUGCCCCAGAUACCUUUGAUGUAACUAUUUCCAUAGUAUUAACUGAUAUUUUGUGGCAUAAACUCUACACGAAUACAUCUGAAACUAGACUUUCAACAUUGCAUCUAAACAAGCGUCGAUGUGAAAAGUUUUAUGUUCCACGAAACGAUUUAAUAAAUGAGGCAGCAAAUCCUAUACAGGUCAAUGUAAAUAUUGCAUGUGGAUAUCCAGAUUCCUCCCACAAUAAGUGCCCCAUGUUCCACCCAAAAUCGAAAACAACCGAUAGUAUGCAAGCCUAUGCUCGAGACUGUGGCUCUGACGAAUUAUGCAUAACAGAUUUGAAAGUAAGUAUUACGAGCAACAAUUUGAGCCGCAACAACAGGUAUACCAUUGGCUCGGGCAUAAACGUAUACCUCACUAUACUCGUUGAAAAUACCAAUGAGCCAGCGUAUCUGCCAGAGGCCCACAUCUUCAUUCCAGAGCCAAUCACAUUAGUCAAACAACCUCCCAGUUGCAAAACCUUGCCCCAAGUUGACAAGACAUCAGAAACAAUUUGCCUUCUCGUAAGUCCUCUACGUGAAAAUCACACGUAUAAAAUACUUCUUGAACUGGACAUGAAUUCGAUUGAAAGUACUGAAAAACUUAAAGAAAUUAAAGUCGAUGUCAUUAGUGAUGGUGAUGAAAAAAAUCCUGAUGAUAACAACCAAUCAUUGAUCAUCUAUUUCGACGUUGAUGCAGAUCUUAGAAUUAUUGGGGAAUCGCAAGGACAUCACUACGGUUAUUUGGAGAGUGAAUUGGACGAAACCCAUCUUAAGAAAUUCAAUUUCCAUCACAUUUAUGAAAUAGAAAAAUUAGGUAUUACUCCAAUCCAAGAGUCUGCCCUUUUCGUCAAUGUUCCAGUGCGCUUCCAAAACUUUGAAAUUGCAAGUAUAAGCCAAUUCCGUGGAUCUAUUGAUGGAAAUAAAUACAACUGCACUUACGAAAACGCAUCAGUGGAAGCGUACAGUUUUUACGCCAGUAGGAGUCACUCUGAUUCGUCAACUUCUUUCCAAGAUGUUUUUUCCAUAAGUUGUACAAAUCCUCAUGUUACCUGUCAAAAUCUUCGUUGUGAUGUUGGUUCUUUUCUAAAAACGACAUCUGCAGCCGAAUUGGUUAUAACCAUAGACUUCCGAAUCUCAGAUCCCAUAGUUAAAUUAGCCGAAUGGAAAAAUAUUUCAUACGUCACCCAAGCGUAUAUCGAAGUUAUCACCCCUAAUGUACUAAUUGACAUGGAGGACAAAGCAAAACAUUUCAUGCAGAUUUCAACGACGAUCUCUAGAAGUGGCAAAGUCAUACCUAUUUUAAUGAUCUUCUUGUCGUUAUUGUUUGGUAUACUUAUACUAAUUAUUGUUAUCUGGACACUAUACAAACUAGGAUUUUUUAAACGCAAUCGGAGAGAGGAAAUGCAAACCUUGAAGUCAAUGACUGAAGAAAGUAAUGAACAGGAGAUUAAAACCUGAUCACAAAGAAGGACGUAAAUACAAGAUGCUCAAAGGGGCUAGUAGUCA